AUGGAUCCCCCAAAAGGUUUUCAAUUCGCAAUAGACAGAGGGGGCACUUUUACAGAUGUGUUUGCUCGUUGUCCAAAUGGUAAAGUGCGUGUUAUGAAAUUACUGUCUGUGGACCCUCAGAACUAUGACGAUGCACCACGUGAAGCAAUAAGACGUAUUUUAGAAGAGGAAACAGAAAAUGCCCUUGACGAGAAUGGCAAAGUUAAUUCAUCUUUAAUAGAAUCAAUAAGAAUGGGUACGACUGUGGCGACGAAUGCUCUUCUAGAACGGAAGGGCGCUAGAAUGGCGCUCGUUAUCAACAAAGGUUUCAAAGACCUGUUAUUUAUUGGCAAUCAAGCCAGACCGAAUAUAUUUCAAUUGAAUAUAAAACGCCCUGGAGUUUUAUAUACAGAAGUUGUAGAAGUAGAUUGCCGUGUAAUACCAGCUCUAGAAGAACGUUGCCAAAUCGAUAAGUCAAAGCUAAAUUGGAGAGAAUUAUAUGGCACAACAGGUCAGAAAAUGCUAGUCGUUAAAGAUGUAGAUGAAGAAGCAGUAUGGAAAGAUUUAAAAGCCAUAAGAGAGAAAGGGAUAGAUAGCAUUGCUGUUGUUCUUGCUCAUAGUUAUACUUAUCGUGAACAUGAACUGAAAAUUGGUAAAAUUGCACGAGAAUUGGGUUUCAACCAGGUAUCACUGUCUCACUCAGUCACGUCCAUGGUAAGGAUUACUUCUCGAGGUUUUACAGCCUGUGCUGAUGCAUACCUGACUCCUCACAUUAGGGACUACGUAAAGGGUUUUGCUGGAGGGUUCACAGAUGGUUUGAAGAAUUCCAAUGUUCUUUUCAUGCAGUCUGAUGGCGGUUUAACGCCUAUGAACAUGUUUAACGGAUCACGUGCUAUUUUAUCGGGGCCAGCGGGUGGAGUGGUGGGUUAUGCGCUUACUUCCUACCACAAGGAGACCAAUUUACCCGUUAUAGGUUUCGACAUGGGCGGAACAUCGACGGAUGUGUCUAGAUACGCAGGCUCUCUGGAACACGUACACGAAGCGACUACUGCGGGCGUCACUAUACAAGCUCCGCAAUUGGACAUCAACACGGUGGCGGCGGGCGGCGGGUCGGUGCUGCAGUUCCGCGCGGGGCUGUUCGCGGCGGGCCCGCAGUCGGCGGGCGCGGAGCCCGGCCCCGCCUGCUACCGCAAGGGCGGCCCGCUCACCGUCACCGACGCCAACCUGCUGCUGGGACGCCUUCUACCGGAAUAUUUCCCAAAAAUAUUCGGUCCUAAUGAAAACGAACCGUUGGACAGGGCAGCAACAGUCACUGCUUUUGCGAAGUUAACUGAUGAGAUUAACAGUUUUCUGAAAGAAGAUGGAGACAGUAGAGAAAUGACUAUGGAAGAAGUAGCAAUGGGAUUCCUUAACGUAGCAAAUGAAGCUAUGUGUCGUCCGAUCAGGGCGCUGACCACCGCCCGCGGCUACGACGCGCGCGCGCACGCGCUGGCGUGCUUCGGCGGCGCGGGCGGCCAGCACGCGUGCGCCGUGGCGCGCCGCCUGGCCGUGCCCGCCGUGCUCGUGCACAGGUACGCCGGUAUCCUGUCAGCAUACGGCAUGGCGCUUGCAGAUGUAGUGGAGGAGGCUCAAGAGCCCUCCGCGCUGGUGUACUGCCCCAACAGCUUCCCACAGCUGGACGCGCAGUUAGACAAGCUGGCGGCCGUCUGCAGGGACAAACUCAGGGCUCAGGGUUUCACAGACUCUCAAAUAGUAGUGGAGCCGUACCUUCACUUGCGUUACGCGGGCACCGACUGCGCGCUCAUGGUGUCUCCGUCCAGUAAAGAGUCUCAAACCAUGAAACAUGGCGACUUCUAUGCUGCAUUCGUUGAUAGGUACAAGAACGAAUUUGGCUUCACGCUAUCGGGUCGAGAUGUUUUGGUAGACGAUGUUCGAGUGCGAGGUGUUGGGAAGAGCGUUGUAGCUGAGGAGAAAGUGCUGCCCAGUGGCAAAGGGGUGAAACCUCCUGUCGAAAAGAUGGUUAAAGUGUACUUCGAAGGUGGUUAUCAAGAUACGGCAAUAUAUUUGCUUGAAAAUUUAUUGCCUGAUCAAGUAAUUCAGGGACCAGCCAUUAUAAUGGACAGCUUAUCUACCAUACUUGUGGAACCUGGUAGUCGAGCAGAUAUAACCAAACAUGGGAACAUUCGCAUCACAAUCGGCGCUGGUCAGCCUAAAGUGGUCACCUCAGAGCUAGAAGCUGUUCAGUUGAGCAUAUUCUCGCACAGGUUCAUGUCUAUCGCGGAACAGAUGGGCAGAGUCCUCCAAAGAACGUCAAUAUCCGUGAACAUAAAGGAGCGCUUGGACUUCUCGUGCGCCUUGUUCGGGCCCGACGGCGGGCUCGUCUCUAACGCUCCGCACAUACCCGUCCACUUGGGAGCCAUGCAGGAGACUGUGCAAUAUCAGAUGAAAGUCCGCGGAGACUCGAUAAAGCCAGGCGACGUGUUGUUGGCUAACCACCCGAAGGCUGGAGGAUCUCAUUUACCAGAUUUGACCGUCAUUACACCCGUGUUUCAUAAGUCUAACAAACGUCCGAUAUUCUUCGUGGCGUCCCGCGGUCACCACGCCGACAUCGGCGGUCUGACCCCGGGCUCCAUGCCGCCGCACUCCACCGCCCUGCAGCAGGAGGGCGCCGCCUUCCGGUCCAUGCUGCUCGUUGAUGGGGGGACGUUCAAUGAGGAAGAACUGACUGCAGAGCUUAUGAAACCGGGUAAAUAUCCCGGCUGUUCUGGUACAAGGAACUUGGCGGAUAAUUUGUCAGAUUUAAAAGCUCAAGUUGCCGCUAAUCAAAGGGGUAUUCAGUUAGUAUCAGAACUGAUAGAAGAAUACACGCUCGAAGUAGUUCAAGCGUACAUGACGCACAUACAGAAGAAUGCGGAGUUGGCAGUGAGGGAUAUGUUGAAAGAAAUCGCUAGAAAUGCAAUCGCUAUGACCGGCUCAGCAGUUCUCAAGGCCAAAGAUUAUAUGGACAACGGAACUCCUAUCGUUCUAACGGUAACACUAGACAAGGACCACGGAAGUGCCGUCUGUGAUUUUACGGGCACGGGUACGGAGGUGUGGGGCAACCUGAACGCGCCGCGCGCCAUCGCGCUGUCGGCGCUCAUCUACGUGCUGCGGUGCAUGGUGGGCCACGACGUGCCGCUGAACCAGGGCUGCCUGAACCCAGUUAAAGUGAUCAUCCCCCCCGGCUCACUUCUGGACCCCUCGGAGAACGCAGCAGUAGUGGGCGGGAACGUGCUGACGUCACAGCGCAUCGUCGACGUCGUCUUGAAAGCCUUCCAGGUGUGCGCCGCGUCUCAAGGUUGUAUGAACAACUUGACUCUGGGAGAGAAGUCUUGGGGGUACUACGAGACUGUCGCCGGGGGGAGUGGGGCGGGUCCGGGCUGGCACGGCAGCGGGGGGGUCCAUACUCACAUGACGAACACUCGCAUCACAGAUGUAGAGAUUGUCGAGACGAGGUACCCACUGCUGGUGUGGAGUUUUUCUUUGCGAGAAGGGUCGGGUGGACGAGGCCAAUGGAACGGCGGUGACGGUGUAACUCGUGAGCUGGUGUUCAGGAGAACUGUGCAACUGUCUGUACUGACGGAGCGGAGAGCCUUCCAACCAUAUGGAAUGAACGGAGGAGAGCCGGGUGCAAGAGGAUUGAAUCUUCUACAGCGAGCGGACGGUCGCCUGAUCAACUUGGGAGGCAAGUCUUCCGUUGAAGCUUAUCCGGGGGAUAAAUACAUAAUGAAUUCUCCCGGCGGAGGCGGUUAUGGUCGGCCAUCUGAUGCAAAAGAUACCGAUAAAGCAACCGACACGAAAUACAGCGAGUUCUUUGAGAGAGGCAGCGUGUAUGAGUACAGAAGUGCACAAGAGGGUGUGUAAAGUUCAAAGCAAACAAAGGAGGCACAAAAAAGCACAAAGCACUUUAACUCCAUCUAGUGGUGACUCGAUUUAUCACGAUUAUACAGAAAUUCUAAAAAUGCCUCAAAUUUUCACAUUACCAUAGCACUUUUAUUCAAAUUUACAGAUUUUUCAGCUCAUAGAAGUAGUACAACAAUGUUUAUACGACAUUUAUGAGUGGUUUUUCCUUAAUAACCAAAAACAUUUAAUAUACGCCUUCCGUAUUAUUUUUUAGAGAUGUCGAUAUCAUCAAUAAUUAAAACCAACGCGAUCGAAAGUUGAUACCCAUAUAAUGAAAUAAAAUCCUUUAGAAAUUUUGCUAGGACGGAUCAUAUAAUGCAUAGUACACACAUACCUACAAUCAAAUGACUGUUUGUACAUAUAAACGCGCACACAUAACACCACAGUCAUUAAGGGUUAUUACAUUGACAAUAAUGUAAAUUGCCUUUAUAAAGUAGAUGUAUAGAUUGUACAAAUUUUCGAAUAUAACAAGUCUCGAAACGCACACAAACAAUUUUAAACAAAUUAUGCCAUGUUUACUAAUUUUAUUUACUUUUAUAGUAUUUCUAUUAAGAUAAAAUUAGUUAUAGAAACAUUAUAAUCCAAUUUCUGUUUAGAAUCUUAAAAAAAAUUGAUAAUUAAGUAAUUGAUAAAUAUUAUUUUAAUGUGCGUUCUUCAAUUUGUAACAAAAUGGCGCUUCCUAUUUUAUGUUGUUAUUUUUUUAUAAUCAAUUAAAGUUAUCGAACAAGGAAA